AUGUUAAGAAACAAUGAGAGCGGUGUUGACUAUUAUGUCCACACUAUCUAUCUAUCUAUCUAUCUAUUUCAGUCUUUUUCAUCUAUCGCGUGUUUAAUCUAUCUAUCUAUCUAUCUAUUUCAGUCUUUUUCAUCUAUCGCGUGUUUAAUCUAUCUAUCUAUCUAUCUAUCUAUUACAGUCUUUUUCAUCUAUCGCGUGUUUAAUCUAUCUAUCUAUCUAUUUCAGUCUUUUUCAUCUAUCGCGUGUUUAAUCUAUCUAUCUAUCUAUCUAUUUCAGUCUUUUUCAUCUAUCGCGUGUUUAAUCUAUCUAUCUAUCUAUCUAUUUCAGUCUUUUUCAUCUAUCGCGUGUUUAAUCUAUCUAUCUAUCUAUCUAUUUCAGUCUUUUUUCAUCUAUCGCGUGUUUAACCCAUCUAUCUAUCUAUUUCAGUCUUUUUCAUCUAUCGCGUGUUUAAUCUAUCUAUCUAUCUAUUUCAUCUUUUUCAUCUAUCGCGUGUUUAAUCUAUCUAUCUAUCUAUCUAUUUCAGUCUUUUUCAUCUAUCGCGUGUUUAAUCUAUCUAUCUAUCUAUUUCAGUCUUUUUCAUCUAUCGCGUGUUUAAUCUAUCUAUCUAUCUAUCUUUUCACAAAAACACACAAAAAAGAAUAUACAAAAUAG